UCGAGAGUGAGCUGGAGGAGAAGAGAAGAAGACUUGAGGAGGACAGGCACAGCAUUGAUAUUACCUCAGAGCUGUGGAAUGAUGAGCUUCAGUCAAGAAAAAAGAGGAAGGAUCCUUUCAGUCCUGACAAAAAGAAGCCAGCUGUUGUUUCAGGUCCAUAUAUAGUUUAUAUGCUACAAGAUCUUGAUAUUCUUGAAGACUGGACAACAAUUAGGAAGGCAAUGGCUACACUGGGUCCACACAGAGUGAAAACAGAACUUUUUGAACUGAUCCCUUUAGCACCUGUGAAACUGGAAAAACAUCUGCACAGUGCUAGAUCCGAAGAAGGAAGAUUAUACUAUGAUGGUGAAUGGUAUAUACGUGGACAAACAAUAUGUAUUGAUAAAAAAGAUGAAUGUCCUACAAGUUGCCUGCAGUCACCUGUGGUUGGGGAGCAGAUGAUCCUCCUUCUGGCAGAUCAUCAGAAGAUAUCCACUGGGGAUCUUGGAACAGAUUCUGCACAGAUAAGCAGUAUCUGAUAUAUAUCGUAAUUAGAAAAACUCAGAAAUGAGGUGACAGAACUCAGCAAAGAAUAAAAAGUAAAAGAAAAAAAGUUAUUUCAAAAGUGAGGACUAAACUAGAAGGAACACGAGUGAACAAAUCCAUUACAUAUUGCCUUAAAAGAAACAGAAGGUGAAAAGAGGAAAAUUAAAAAACAAAAAAUCAAUGAAGUAUGAGAUUAAAGGGAUUCAAGAGGAAGAGGAGGUAACAAAUACUGAGGAUGGAAAAAGAAGACUGCUUAUUAAAUGGAUUAUGGCAUCCUUGAAAAAGAAAGUCAAAGUAAAAGAAUGGAACAAUUACUAAAUACUCUAAUUAAGAAAACUUUCCUGAAAUAAAAAAGAUUUGAAUUUCACACUGAAAGCAUAACUGAGAAUACUGAAUUAGAAGGACCAGUGACAACACAUAUUCUAGUAAAAUUACUGAACGAAAAGGAAAAGGAACAAAUUGGGGGAGUAUCAAGCUUAAAAGAGCAUAUGACUUAUAAGGAAAAGAAAAUUAUCACUGGAUUUUCAACAGAGUGCUUUAUCCCAGAAGAAAAUGGAUAAGCACAUUGAAUAUAUUUAAGGAAAUAAAGUGUGAGCCAAGAAUUUUAUAUUCAGUAAGAAUGACUUCAGAGAUAAAGGGCACAAACUGUUGUCAAAAAAACAACUCAGGGAACAUUAUUCCAGUGAACCCAACCUAAGGAAUCUACAAGAGCAUGAGCAUCACACAAUCAAAAUGACCAGAGACAUCAAAAUAAGGACUGACAAGGAUUAAAUAUAUGGCUAACAUAAAUUUCAAAAUAAAACACCUCGUUUUUCAGCCUAUAUAACUUCACUGUGAGAUGCUACCUCUUACAAAGUCUACUACCAGUUUUUUAAAAUUAUCUCACCAGCAAUUGUGUCACAAAAAUCUUGACUUGAAUAAAUGCAUGAUUCCUAUCUGAUUCAGCGACGAAGUCACUCAUGUCAUUGAUGAAUUAGAUUUUUUUUUGA